GGUACGAGGUUUUUCGUAAGUGCUGCAAAGUAAUUCCCCUUUCUGCUGCGGGUACUUGUUUGGAUUCCUUUUUGUGACCGGAGACAUCCUGAGGCACAGAACAUAAUCUACUAGCUCUUCUCCAUCCGAUGUAAUGGAUGUAAUGGGCAAACAGUCAUUUCCGAAAAAUUGACGGGCUUCACGAAAAUCCCGCUUCGUGUUAAUAUAAGUUCCAUCUCUGUCUCAUCCUGAAAACUGUAACAAACGCUGGUACGUAGCUUCUGAUAUCCUUGCUGCAUGAUGACAGCGAUACUGUCUGAGUGGACUGAUGCUUUGCUCGUUACUCUGUACCACAAAAGCCACCAACCAGAUCAAGGAAAGAACAAGACAUUCUUUUUCUGCUGGAGUUAAAGCAACCAUUAUCUUUAUGCCUUUCACCGAAGAUUAUUGUGCUUUUGCUUUAUCUUUACUUUCAUUAACUGGUCACAUUUGUUUCCCGUGAAAACAAUGUAUCGUUAUUUCGUUCCAUAGAGUUUCACUGUACGGUUAAAAUUUGUGACAUUUGUUAGGUCUGUUUCUUUGCUAUAUCUGUUUCGUUCACGAUGGCAAUAUAUUUGUUUAGACUUUAUUUAUAAGGCAGAAUGAAUUGUUAGUUGAUCUCGUUACGUGACAGACUAUCACAUGACGUGUGCAGGGUUUGGCGGGUUUGGCGUGAAUUAAAAAUGGCGAAGAUGUCCUCUGCUAAUUAGGCAGUGGUUUAGUCAGGAAAGACAGGAUACUAAAAAUAUCACCAUACCUUGGUAAAGAAAGGCCAACUGUAUAUAUUUAUAACGAGAGAAGUCCUGCUGUUGCAUUUUAGUUCAUGCAAGGACUGCCUGAAAACUGCGCAAUUUCCAGCUCGCACGCACUGAUUUUCAACCAUACUAUUCGUAACGGUUUAUUCUCGUUAAAAUGAACAUUUACACAAAAUAACCUCAUUUACUUUAAGUCGUACCUGCAGCUACCUGUAGACAAAAAAUGGCAAGACACGAGGACCCAUCCGCGCUACGCCGGAGAAAUUCGAAAAUUAGGUUGUCAGAAAAAUUGUAAACUUUCAAUUCUUCGAUUACUGUCAGUAUUGAAAAUGAAUGCAACAGACAGUAGACUGGUAGACAAUUUGUGGAUCUGACCAUACAUAUAUAUUUUUUAAUAUUUGUCUAAAUUUUUAUUUUCUUUUUCAGCGAACGUUAAGCCGCAUAUCUCAUAGACCGAAUUUAUGUAAUAUUGAAAACGGUUUCUUAUCUUGCAUUUUAAUAAUUGUUAAAAAUUCGAUUUUAAAGAAAACUAUUUGUCUUCGGAUUCCUAUAUACGGCUGGCGGGAUAUUUUGCCUUCUUUACGGCCUACGGCUAACGGUUAAACAAUUUUUCUUACGGUUUAAAGAAACCUUAGAAAUUAAUUACAUAGUGCAUCCUAAAAGAUACUUUGAAAGCUAAAAUUAGUGCAUGGUGUUUUGUCAUCAACACUCAAAGUGAGGCCACAAUCCUUGAUUGCGAAGCGAGACGACAAGCAUUCCCGACCUCAUCGUAUCCCUCCACCAGAAGUUGCCUCCACACAAAUGAUGUGUAACUGUCAAAUCCUUUCUUUUUUUUCCUUCUUAGUGCAAAUUUAUGCCUUGGAAGCGAUAAAAGAGGAUUCAAUUGCACACACUGUACAGGAAUCAUAUAUUCUCAACACUCCAAGAGAGUUACGACAACAAGAACGCAGAAAGCUGGUUGAGAAGUUUUGUCAAAAGACUGGACACAAUGCCAUGCCAGACCCUUUUCACUUGGCAGUGAUUCCUUCUCUCAAAAUACUAUACUGUGUAACACCUAAAGCGGCUUCCAGGCAGUGGAGGACAAUGCUGUAUCACUUUAACAAAGGCCUAAGAGGGAACUUGCGAUUGAAUUCAUUUCCUCCUGACCAGCAAAAGCGGAUGUUGCAAACAUAUUUCAAGUUCACGUUUGUUCGUGAGCCGUUCGAGCGCAUUCUGUCGGCGUACAAAGACAAGUUUAUCAAUCUAAGGCAGGUAUCCGUAGACCGCAAAAUUCGUGAAUUUCACGGCAAAAAAAUCCUGAAGAACUUCCGUCCACAUGCUUCAAAGAGUGCACUUAAAAAACUCGAUGACAUCACUUUCCGUGAAUUUAUUCAAUAUUUAGUAACCAAAGGAAGCAACAAGAGCACGCCUGUUAUGGACUGGCACUGGGACAAUUACGUCAACAUAUGUGGAAUGUGUGCCGUCAGCUAUGACUUUAUAGGUCAUUACGAAACUUUUGAUCAAGACUUGGCAGAUUUCAAAGAAGCAGCGAGGUUAUCGCCUGAAGUGGCAAAGAGAUUCGAUGCUAGCGCCAACAAUAAAUCCGAUACCGCCUCCUCUUUACUCCGUUAUUACUCGCAGAUUCCCAUAGAAUGGAUCGACAUCCUUGGUCGGUUUUUCAGAGCCAACUUCGAAAUGUUUAAUUACGACUUUCCGGGACCUCUUAGGAGUCUUUUUUAGUAAAAGAAAAGAACACAAUGAGGAUGUGACAGUUUGAUUACUUUUUCAUUGAUACAGCUUUUCGGGACCCUUGUAUAGUCUACAUGAAAAAAUAAGUCCGCAAUGCGUACUUGUGAGCUCAUACUUAGUUUAAUUCCAUUCGGUUUGAGUUUGUUUUUAAAAGUCAGUAUCUGGUUGUUGAAUUCCUUUAAGUGAGAAGGCAAUCACUGCAAAGACAAAGGUGUUACUUUGAAACUGGAGACAUUGUACUCGUGGUAGAAAACUUGUGGCCCCUUGGUCGCAUCCUAGAAGUAAAACCAAACAAGAGAGACGGGCUUGAGGGGAGAGUCAGGCUGAAAACGUAGUCCUGGAACGUCCCAUCAACAAUUUCGUUCUUCUAGAGGCUAACAGACUCUAGGAAAGCAGAUAGACAUUGUUGAUCUUGAUGUCCUCGAUAGACUGCGAGCAGUCUCUCUUUUGCUCGGAAAUCCGUAUGGGAAGAACGCAAUGAAAAAAUUAAAAAGUGUGACUGCGUGUGUGACAUGCCAGCCGCGAGUAGCGAGGGCGGCUCGCAAAUUCGCAUACCACGCUCGCACGCUCACGCCCCACUGGUCGCGUGUGUUGUGUGUUUCUUUGCGUUCUUCCCCACGGAUUUUCGAGCACAAGAGAAACUGCUCGCAGCCUACGUCCUCAACCAAGAAGUUUGCUUGUAAUGCCAGAGAACAGUUGGUUCUUUUUAUUGUCUUGAUUGUGAUGAACCAUUUCGAUUGGAUUUGGUGACAAUAUAUUGCUCAAGUUUUUCCGUUUGAAUCACUCAACUAUGUCUAAAUGCUUUCAGUUCGCAUAGUAGGUAGGUAGGAUUCAAACGUGCGUGAGAUUUCCUCUACGUGCGUUACACUUGAUUUGAAAUUUAACUCGUCGAUCAUAACAUAAAGAUAUAAACAUAAAAUCUUUAUUUCAACACGAUAAGAAUAAAAGCUACAAAGCUUUUGGGGUCGUGUACACUACUACAUUAAAAAACGUUAAUUAAAAUAUAUACAUGCAAAAUACGAAUCAACAAAUUUCAAACGGAUUUCACUGUAAAAAUUAACGUUAAAAAACACAUGUGAUUCGUUGCGUAAGAGUUUUGUUCAAUACGUAUUAUAACAUGCAGCAAUGGUGCCCAUUGCAUCAAGUUUAAACAGCUCACAACAAUAGGACGAAAUAUUUGUAAGUUGUUAGUCUUUAUCUUUUUUAUUCUGUUUGUCUGCUGAGAAAGGUCAAACAGGAAACCACAGCAUCACAAAAAAGCUUUAUUUUACCGAACACCGUGGCGUGAAAACACAAACAUCGCACACCGAAGGGUUUGAGAUCACCGCAACACCGCAAGUUGGGAUUUUAUUUACCGCAUCACCGCUUAAAAAA